AUGUCUGGAUUUUCGUUUGGCAGCGCGUCAAAUACCCAAAACGCGUCAAAUAACGCGACAGGAAGUGGAACAGCGCCUUCUGGUAGUCUAUUUGGAGGUUUUGGAGCGGCUACUCAAGGCUCAACACCCGCCCAAAAUCCAUUUGGAGCACCAGCUACGGGCGGCGGGCUAUUUGGAGCGUCAAGCACGACUGGAACAGCGGGAGCUGGUACGACGACGCAACCUGCGAGUGGAGGCUUGUUCGGUUCUGCACCAACAGGCGCCUUUGGAACGACGAGCUCUACACCGUCGUUGUUCGGGACCACAUCGACAACGACUGGAACAGGGACAACGGGUUUUGGAGGGUUUGGUUCUGGAGCUACCGGUUCUGGCACGUCGGGUGCACCGAGUACAACUGGGACGAGCACCACGCUGGGCGGUGGCGGACUUUUUGGCGCAAACAAACCAGCGAAUCCACCAGCUGGUGGUAGUCUCUUUGGAGCAGGACUUACCACGCCAACGAAACCGACGGACACAUCCACCGGUGGCGUGCGGCUAGGAGGCGGUGGAAUUUUUGGGUCAAAAGCACCAACAACACCCGGUACAGCAUCACCUGCCCCAUUUACUGGGUUUGGAACGCCGGGCACUCCUACCCCUGCCUCUGGAACAGCUGCAUCCACGACAUUCAACUGGAAUAAGCCUGCAGAUAAACCAGGGACGCCAGCGCCAGGUGCCACAACGACAGGAACGACACCAGCCCUAGGUCUCUUUGGCAGUUCUGCGACGACCCCCUCUGGAACGACGCAACCAACGACGAGCUUUGGGACAUUUGCAUUUGGUGCACCGAAACCAACAGACACCACUGCAUCAGCAGCUACUACGACGGCACCCACUGAUAAACCAGCUACAAGUGGGGGACUCUUUGGGACAGCUGGAACCACGACGGGCAGUCUUUUUGGUGCAGGCGCGGCAACAUCUGGGACGACACCCUCACUCUUUGGAGCGCCUCCAGCUUCGAGCACUCAACCUGCUUCAACAACGCCAAGUCUCUUUGGCGGGGCCAGCGCUCAGCCUGCUCCCACCACCACAGGCCCCAGCCUGUUUGGUGCGGCCAGCACCCAGCCUGCGACGACAACAACUCCGAGUUUGUUCGGCACCACUCCUGCAACUACCCAGCCAUCUGGUACUCUGUUCGGAGCUGGUGGUUCGGGUACCCAACCGGCUACGACCGCACCUUCAAGCUUGUUUGGUACAAAGCCCGGGGGUCUCUUCGGUACAACGACUCCUGCUGCGACGACAACAACCUCGACGCUUGGUGCGCAGGCACCCUCGACUGCUCCGACGACUGGCGUUCCAGCAUCUACGACGACCCCAGCCGUUCCAUCGCUGUUUGGAGCUCCGCCCGCCGCAAGUGGAACGACGAGCACUCAACCAGCCACAAAUACAAACCUUUUCGCUCCGAAGCCCGGCGGACUGUUCGGGGCGCCUCCAACAAGCAACACUGCGGGUAUCACCCCUUCGUCCGCUGCAGCUACGACUACAGAUGCAUCCAAAAGUGGACUCAAUGCUUUGGGUCAAGCUGGUGCGGCCGCUCCGAAGCCGGCAACACCUAAUUUAGGUACAUUCUCAUGGGGAGCCAAGCCGGAUGCCACUGCUACAAAACCGGGAGAGGGUACAAAGCCAGAGGAAAAGGCCGACACAGCGGCUACGGCUGCAAAACCUGGAGAGCCUUCGUCAACAGCAGCCGGGACUUCGAGCGCGCCAUCUCUCUUGGGACUGGCUGGAGUAUCGCUGCCCAAGCCCCCGCAUCUCGCACCGGGACCAGCUACCGCGGCGGCACCGUUGGCCAGCGCAGCACCAUCUGUUCUCAAAGGCAAAUCAUUGGAUGAGAUUGUCUCGCGGUGGGCUGCCGACAUCGACAAUCAUGCCAAGGAUUUCAGUAGUCUUGCAAACGAGAUUGCGCACUGGGAUAGGGAGCUGGCAGAAAAUGGACAGCAGAUUGCGCAUCUCCAGUCCAAGCUUUACGAGGCCGAGGCGACUCAGAUCGCUAUUGAUAACAACCUCGAUCAUGUUGAACAGCAGCAGCGCGAGCUUGCGAGUGCCCUCGAGACGUAUGAGAAGCAAGCAAGGGAGAUCCUGGAGACGGGCUCUACGGGCACUAUGCGAGUGUUCGAUAUGGGUCCAGCAGAUGCCGAGCGUGACAGGAGCUAUGCACUGGCUGCAGAACUCAAUGUACAGCUCGAUAAUCUAUCCAAGUCUCUCUCUCAAAUGAUAGAGUCGGUCAAUUCGCUGACCGUCCCGACUCAAUCCGCGGGUGCUGGGACCAGUGGCGACUCGGAUGGUCAAAGGGCGGAAGAUCCACUGACCCAAAUUGCCGCUGUUCUCAAUGCACAUCUGAAGAGCUUGACAUGGAUAAACGCGACAGUUCAAGAGGUUGAAGGCAAGGUGGCGGAAGCAGAGAGCAAAGUAAAGGAGGUUGCUGGUGGAGGACGAGUCGUCCAUCAUCCUACCCGUUCACUGGGUGUCUCUGCAUUGGGAAUGGGCUCGUCCAUCUCGCGUGAGGGCUCGGGAGCUUCAGGAGCCCCAUUGGCAGCGUUUGGCAACAUGUCGCUGAGGGCGAGUGAAGGGCCGCGACCGCGUGGAUUCGGACUCGGUUCUACACGAUACUAG